AUGAACCCAAACCAAACACCAACCCCCAACCCCAAACGCCGCCGUCUAAACACGAGCACCAAAUCAUCACCCUCAUCAACGCUCACCAAACCAUUCAAAUCGCCUCUGCGCAGACCAGCCCCAGAACCAGCAUCAGCAUCAGCCCCAGAUACCACCACCACCACAACCACCACAAACGCGCCCUCUUCAUCCUCCGAAGACCCAACAACCACACGACCCCAAAUACAAUCCCACACAUCAACACCCGCCACCCCCAAACCCAACCCCUCAUCUUUCACGACCCCAAUCCCCAAACCCACCCCCAAAAAUACCCCUACCCCCAAAGAAAAGAGAGAACAGAAGCAAAAAGAAGAAGACCCCACCCUCUCCACCCUCCGCACCACCCACCGCCACCUCCAAUCCCGACUCCUCUCUCUCCGCACCGAACUAGAAACAGUUACUCAGGCGCAGCGCAUCGAGGAAUCCCACCGCGAUGAGGAACUAGAGACGUUAAUUGUCAAGUGGAGGGGUGUGGGGCAAAGGGUUGCGGAGGAGGUGUUUGAGGGCGCGAGGGAGAGGGUAGUGAGGAUGGGGGGUGUGAGGGGGUGGAAGGGGAUGGAGAUGAGUAGGAGUAGUGGUGGUGGGUGGUGGGGAGAUGAUAAUGGCCAUGAUCAUGAGAAGAAGGGUGGGGGGAAGGAGAUGGAUGAGGAAGAAGAUGAGGAAGAGGAGGAAGAGGAAGAGUUCACGAUCGGGAUGAUGUUGAAGACGAUGGGGAUUGAUUUCAAGGUUAUCGGGUUUGAUGGGGAGGGGCAGAGGUGGAUGUGA